AUGGCCUUCACCAACCAUAGUGCCAUCACAGAGUUCAUUCUCCUUGGUCUGUCUUCUGUCCCUCAUGUUGAGGGCCUGCUCUUUGUGCUAUUCCUGGGGAUUUACCUUCUGACCUUAAUGGGAAACCUGAUGCUACUGGUGGUGAUCAGGGCGGAUUCUCACCUCCACACUCCCAUGUACUUCUUUCUGAGUCACCUUUCUUUCUUGGACCUUUGUUUUUCUUCAGUUACUUUGCCCAAGAUGCUGGAGAUCCUCCUGUCUCAAAAUAAAACAAUAUCAGUGAGAGGAUGUCUAGCCCAGGUCUUCCUUCUCUUUGUCACUGCGGGGACCGAGGCCUUUCUGCUCUCUGCAAUGGCUUAUGACCGCUAUGCUGCCAUCUGCCACCCACUGCACUAUAGCCAGAUGAUAAGCAAGCAGCGGUGUGUGAAGCUCGUGUGGAGCUCCUGGGGGCUCGGCUUCCUGGAUGCUCUAAUCAACGUCCCUCUGGCAACCAAAAUGGACUUCUGUAAGAUCUAUACCAUCCCCCACUUCAGCUGUGAGCUUCCUUCUCUCUUCCCUCUGUCCUGCUCUAAUGUCUCCACCAACCUCAUUGUUAUGCUCUGUUCCAUCAUCCCACAUGGUGUCAUAACUUCCCUCGCAAUCUUCUUUUCUUAUGCCUGCAUUGUCUCCACCAUCCUGAGCAUCACCUCCACCUCUGGCAGAAGCAGAGCCUUCUCCACCUGCUCCUCCCAUCUCACCACAGUGAUUUUAUUCUAUGGCUCCGGUUUUCUCCGUUAUCUCAUGCCAACCUCAGGCUCCUCUCUGGAGUUGAUCUUCUCUGUGCAGUACAGCGUGGUCACUCCAAUGCUGAAUCCCCUCAUCUACAGCCUGCAGAACAAGGAGGUGAGGACAGCUGUAAGAAAAAUCCUGGGAAAGUAUUUACAGUGUUUUCAUUGGUAG